CUUGUAUACUUUGGAUAUCAAAACCCACAAUCAAUACCGAAAUCACAAGAUCUUAGCCAAACGACUUGUAUUUCAGCUCAUGAGCCCGAAGCAUUACCAAUCUAUCUAAGUUUUGUGGGAAUUGAUUUUAUCAUUGAUUCAUUCGUAACCAUUCGUCUAGUUCAAAUAUUAACAGAAGGAAAUAGAAGUGCUGCUGAAGCUAAUUCAAUAAUUGGCAGAAAACCUCCAAAAAGAACAUUAUUUACCGCCGUUUUGUAUUGGAACUUUUUAAGAUUAACUAUAGAUUUUUUUUUUAAUGCGAUAUCUGUUAUUCAAGCUGUUGGAAAUCCUUCAAUUGAUUAUUCAGCUUUGAAUGGUUUAUUAUGUUUUGUGACUAUUACACAAUCUUAUUUGAUUACUGUUGAUGCUGAAAUCGUUAAAGUUAUCGAGGGAACGCGGGACGUACCUCCUUCGUCUUCAUCAACAAGAUCAAUUUCCAAGAUUAUGAGUCCAUGGGCUCCAUCUACAUCUAACGUUACUCGUCGAUCACAGUACACACCACCAUCUACAUGGAUAAGAGAAUCCAUGCUUGGACAACGACAAACUGGUUCUUUUCAACUUGAUAAAGGAAAAAUUGUUGUAGUGUCAAUGCAAAGAUUAUCAUUUUUCGAAUGGGCUAAUAUGGUAACUGGUGGUGGUGAUGAUUAUAGAGUUGUUAAUAAUAACAAUUCUCACAUUGAACAUGAAACUAAACGAAACAAAACUGAUAGAGAUGGAACGAUUGGUUUUAAUAAUUUUGGAAUGGAUUCGGCUAGAUUAAUUGGUAAUCAUAACUCGUUG